CGCGCAUGCCAUCACACUCGCACAGGCGCCUGCAGCAAGUCCCACUCCCGACCGGUGAAGGGUACAUCAGGACUGCAUCCAGGUCGCCAGCCACUUCUUCCCGCUAAUACAGUCCCCUCUCCGACAUCACUUUUGCGUCUGCCUCCGCCUGACUUGUCGACCGCAUCCCUGCAGGCUCUCCUGCGAAUUUUAUCGAUAGAACUGGAGGCUUUAAUACACCGCCUACCUCGUGUCUUUCGUCUUCUUGGUCGAUAGCCUUACUACUGCCGUGGAAACCGCUGGAUUGAACGGGGAUUUGCCGCCUUUACUAUCAAUCAAGGACAACGACUAGCUGUGAUCAAACCACGCUGCCCUUGGAACCAGUGGUGAACGCAACACCAUCCGGUGGUUCAUCAUUUCAACAUGGCCCCCGGCAUGUUCAAGCGGAUUUAUAAUUUCCUUAUGAGCCUAUUCUGGUCCAAGGAGCUGGAUGUGACGAUGAUUGGACUUCAAAACGCCGGCAAGACAUCGUUGCUGAGGGUAUUGGCGGGUGGAGAGUUUACCAUCGACUCAAUACCGACGGUAGGCUUCAACAUGAAGCGUGUCCAGCAAGGUCAUGUCACCCUGAAAUGCUGGGACAUCGGCGGCCAACCUCGAUUCCGCACCAUGUGGGAGCGGUAUUGUCGUGGUGUGAAUGCAAUUGUGUUCAUCGUGGACUCUGCCGACAGGGAGGCGAUACCAGUGGCCAAGGAGGAGCUUCACGACCUGCUCAGCAAACCGUCGAUGGAGGGCAUCGCUCUGUUGGUGCUGGGCAACAAGUCUGACAUACCCGACCACCUGGACGUCGACCAACUCAUCGAACAGCUCAAUCUCAAGCUCAUCGAUCAUCGCGAGGUCAGCUGUUUCGGCAUCAGCGCCAAAGAGGAGACGAAUCUGGACGCGGUGAUGAAGUGGUUGAUUGCUCGGGCCAACAAAUAGGGGCUUGAUGAAGGCAUGCGAAUGAAUGAGACGGCCGGCUUCGACGAUGGUCUUACGACUCAGCAAUGUUCCUACGCACGACGCUCGACAUACUCUGACGAGGGCGAUGAUAAAGACGAGAUGGGUUCUUGGGGGGCGUUCAUCGGCAGCUAUCGACUCGAUGGCAAGAGUUCAGGAGAGAAGACUAAGCGCCAGCAAUGGACGGGAAGUGCUCAUGUAGCUGUUGUUGCCCUCGUCGAUCUCUCGGAGAGGAAGAGAUGCAGGAACAGCUACGAUUGGAAGCAAAGGUAUAGGUGUUUGCUGGGAAGCAUCGAGGAGUAAUUCUCGUAAUUUAUUGUUCUUCACACCUCGCAGGCGUGCAUGAAGCUGUCAACUUCACUUCAGGCCUAAUCGGGCUAGCGCGUGAAGAAGGCGACGCAGCUGGGUGGAUGACGCGUUGGCGCUCUACCGCCGAGGCGCAGCAAAAGACAGCGGCCUGCUCUCGAACACUGCGAACGCGG